CGAUCGAGGUUCUCCGCUCCCGCGCCCUCGGCCUGCCCUGGCCGCUGGGUCGGGUCGGGUGGGCGGCCGGGGUCCGAGUCGCUUUCGGAAGGAUGUGGGGGGACGAUCGCCUGGCUGGUGCAGGGGAAGGCGGGGCGGCUGUGACUGUGACCUUUACCAAUGCUCGGGACUGCUUCCUGCGCUUGCCCCGUCGCCUCGUGGCCCAACUGCAUCUGCUACAGAAUCAAGCUAUAGAAGUGACAUGGUGUCAGCAGCCUGCAUUCUUGAGCUGGGUGGAAGGCAGGCAUUUUAGCGAUCAAGGGGAAAAUGUGGCUGAAAUUAAUAGACAACUUGGUCAGAAACUUGGACUCUCAAAUGGAGAACAGGUGUUUCUCAGACCUUGUUCCCAUGUGGUAUCCUGUCAUCAGGUUGAAGUAGAACCUGUCUCGGUGGAUGAUUGGGAGAUACUGGAGCUGCAUGCUACCUCUCUUGAACAGCAUCUUCUAGACCAAAUUCGAAUAGUUUUCCCGAAAGCAAUUUUUCCUGUUUGGGUUGAUCAGCACACUUAUAUACUUAUCCAAAUUGUUGCACUGAUACCAGCUGCCGGGUAUGGAAGACUGGAAACUGACACUGAACUCCUCAUUCGGCCAAAGACACGCCAAAGCAAAGAGAAUACAUUUUCAAAAUUAGAUAACGUACGUGGAGAAGUCCAAUAUGACGGAAGAGACCACAAGGAAGUGACUAAAGAAUUUCAAGUCAAACAACCUCAGUCAGUGCCAGGAGUGACUGAGUCCAGUGGAACAGACUCAGAGGCCAUGGCUAACUCAGCAAAUCCAAGCCUGUGGACCAUGCUAGGAAACAUUUUUUCUUUUGGGUCUGAGAAGAAUCACGAGACUUCCUGGGGGUUAACGGAAAUCAAUGCUUUCAAAAAUAUGCAAUCAAAAGCUGUUCCUCUGGAUAACAUUUUCAGAGUAUGCAACUCUCAGCCUCCCAGUAUAUGUAAUGUGUCGACAACUUCUCUGUUUAGCAAACACUGUGCCAUUCAUGUAUUUCCAUGGGACCAGGAAUACUUUGAUUCAGAACCCAGCUUGACUGUGACAUAUGGAAAGGUAGUUAAACUCCUUUCUCCCAAGCAGCAGCAGCAGACUAAAACAAAGCAAAAUGUCCCAUCUCCUGAAAAAGAGCAGCAAAUAUCAGAACCGUCAGAUCAAAAACAAAUUAGCCCAGACCAUAGUCAAGAAGCAGAUAUGGCGUGUGUACUCCAGGUUGUCUGGAAUGGACUCGAGGAAUUGAAGAACGCCCUAAAAUACACUAAAGCUAUAGAGGUUCUCCAUCUUGGAAAAGUCUGGAUUCCAGAUGACCUGAGAAGGAGACUAAAUAUAGAAAUGCAUUCAGUAGUCAAAAUAACUGAAGUGGAAAUCAUCCCCCAAAUUCCAAGAUCCCUAAAACUACAACCUAGAGAAAACUUACCUAAAGAUGUAAGUGAAGAUGACAUAAAAUCUGUGUUCUUUUCAUGGGUACAGCAGUCUACUACCACCACACUUCCUUUAAUAAUAUCAGAGGAAGAAUACAUUAAACUGAGAAUUAAAGAUGGGCUGAAGGAGUUUUGUCUGAAUACAGCUCAUUCUUGGGGAAAAGAAAAAGAAAAAAAUAUUUUUCUGUUGAGUACCAGUCUUGUGCAAAAGAUCCCACUACAAGUCCUUCUAGAUCCUAUGGUAAAAGAAGAAAACAAUGAGGAAAUUGACUUUAUCCUUCCUUUUUUAAAGCUGAACUGCUUGGGAGGUGUGUGUUCCAUAGGCGUCUCCUCCAUAGAGCACGUCACUCAGAGCCUCCUGGGGCGUCCUCUCUCUCGGCAGCUCAUGGCUCUCGUGGCAGGACUUAGGAAUGGAGGCCUUUUGCUCACAGGAGGAAAGGGGUAUGGAAAAUCGACAUUAGCCAAGGCAAUCUGUAAAGAAGCAUUUGAUAUAUUGGAUGCCCAUGUGGAGACAAUUGACUGUAAAGCUUUACGAGGGAAAAGGCUGGAAAACAUACAAAAAUCUCUGGAGGCGGCUUUCUCAGAGGCCGUGUGGAGGCAGCCUUCUGUCGUUCUGCUUGACGACCUGGACCUUCUCGUCGGCCUGCCUGCGCUUCCAGAACACGAGCAUGGGCCUGACACUGUGCAGAGCCAGCGACUUGCAUACGCUUUGAACAAUAUAAUGAAAGAAUUUAUUUCUAUGGGAAGCUUGGUCGCCCUCAUUGCCACCAGCCAGUCUCAGCAUUCUCUGCAUCCUUUACUUGUGUCUGCUCAAGGAAUUCAUAUAUUUCAGUGCAUUCAACAUCUUCAGCCUCCUAAUCAGGAGCAAAGGUGUGAAAUUUUGCAUCACAUAAUAAAAAAUAAACUGGGUUGUGAAAUUAACAAAUUCACUGAUCUUAAUCUGCAACGGAUAGCUAAAGAAACAGAAGGGUUUGUGGCCAGAGAUUUCACUGUGCUUGUGGAUCGAGCUAUACAUUCUUGUCUCUCUCAUCACAGUAUAUCAACUAAAGAGGAAUUAGUUUUAACAACUUUGGACUUCCAAAAGGCUCUCCAGGGAUUUACUCCUGCAUCUCUACGAAAUGUUAACCUGCAUAAGCCUAGGGACCUGGGCUGGGAUAAGAUCGGUGGACUGCAUGAGGUGCGACAGAUACUCAUGGAUACUAUCCAGCUGCCAGCCAAGUAUCCAGAAUUAUUCGCAAACUUGCCUAUACGACAGAGAACGGGAGUGCUGAUGUAUGGUCCUCCUGGGACAGGAAAAACCUUGCUAGCUGGGGUAAUUGCACGAGAGAGUGGAAUGAAUUUUAUUAGCAUCAAGGGGCCAGAGUUACUCAGCAAAUAUAUUGGAGCAAGUGAACAAGCUGUUCGGGAUAUUUUUAUUAGGGCCCAGGCUGCGAAGCCCUGCAUCCUUUUCUUUGAUGAGUUCGAAUCCAUGGCUCCUCGGCGAGGCCACGAUAACACGGGAGUCACUGACCGCGUCGUCAAUCAGUUGCUGACUCAGUUGGACGGAGUAGAAAGCUUACAGGGUGUUUACGUCUUGGCUGCUACUAGUCGUCCCGAUUUAAUCGACCCUGCCCUGCUUAGGCCUGGCCGGCUAGAUAAAUGUGUAUACUGUCCUCCUCCUGACCAGGUGUCACGUCUGGAAAUUUUAAAUGCUCUUAGUGUCUCUCUACCUCUGGCAGAUGACGUGGACCUUCAGCAUGUGGCAUCAGUGACUGACUCCUUUACAGGGGCUGAUUUGAAGGCAUUGCUGUACAAUGCCCAGUUAGAAGCCUUACAUGGACGACUGCUGUCCUGUGGACUCGCAGAUGGCGGGUCCAGCUCUGACAGUGACCUGAGUCUGUCCUCAAUGGUCUUCCUGACCCAUAGCAGUGGCUCCGAUGAUUCAGCUGGAGAUGGAGAAUGUGGCUUAGAGCAGUCACUUGUGUCUCUAGAAAUGUCUGAGUUGUUGCCAGAUGAAUCCAGAUUCAAUAUGUAUCGCCUUUACUUUGGAAGCUCUUAUGAAUCAGAACUCGGAAAUGGAACCUCUUCUGAUUUGAGCUCACAGUGCUUGUCUGCACCAAGCUCCAUAACUCAGGAUUUUUCUGGACUUCCCGGAAAAGAUCAAUUUUCACAGCCUCCACUGUUUAGAACAGCCUCACAAGACGGUUACCAAGAACUUACACCAGAACAAAGAGAUCAACUUAGAGCUGAUAUCAGUAUAAUCAAAGGCAGAUACCGGAGCCAAAGCGGAGAGGAUGAUUCCCUUAACCAACCAGGACCAAACAAAGCUAGUCUGAGCAUCACUCAGUCUCACUUAAUGACAGCACUCAGCCACACGAGGCCAUCCAUUAGUGAGGAUGACUGGAAGAAUUUUGCUGAGUUGUAUGACAGCUUUCAAAAUCCAAAGAAAAGGAAAAAUCAAGGUGGCACAUUUCGACCUGGACAGAAAGUAACUCUAGCAUAAAAUGCACCUAGGAUUUUAUUUUGUCGCUUGUCUUCGUAUUGUAACAGUGAAUAGUAUCUAUAAUUUUUUUAAUUUAGCAAAUGGAAUGGAUAUUUAUAACAGAAUCUGUAUUGUUUUUUCCUAUAAAUCUUUAUUAAAUCCAUAAGAUACUGA